UAUCAUUAUAGUAGAAUCACUCCAUACAAACACACAGGCUAAAUAACUCGUCGGAAAAAAUGAGUUUUAUGUCGAGAAUUUUCAACUUUUUUACCCCUUCUACAAACGAAAAGAAACACGUUCGGCUCUCACCAAGUGCAAUUUCAAUGGAGAGAGAUCGUACGUUGCGAAAAAUAGCAUCGCUGCACCCAAUACAAAAUUUCCGAAACGAGUUUCGAAUGGUUGCCCUGGAGGAGGCGGGAAAAGUGCGAUUAACUCUUAAGCAGUCAUCGAGGCUAACAAAGAAGGCUAACUACCUGUGGAAAAAUAUGGCGAAAGACGCAAAGAGCAAGUAUUACGAUCUGGCUAAGAACUGUCAAAAAACGCGUAUACCUGGGCUUACACUGCAAAAACUCUUGCUGCAAAAUACUCCCAGUAAGGUGCCGGUAAACCCGAGAAGCAAUAUUGACCAGGCUAUCGGAGGACAGGUGGAUCCACCACCCCCCACAAAUAGUUGCCUUGUUGAUGAGACCACUCGACGACAAGCGGCUAAGCGCAAGCAUAGCGAUGAGUCAGAUAUUCCGACAGUGUUGGAAGAUUCCUUAGUCACGACAAUAAGGGCACUUGAGGGUCCAGACAAGAAGCGCCCUCGCAGAGAGUAAAAAAUUACAUUUUUUAACAAAGAUUUGAUUGAG